UCCAGUAUGGCGGGCGACGUGUAGUUCUAAAGCGAAUAAUUACCGUCAAAAGACACCGUGAUUUUUCCAUAUCCUAGUGCUAAUAUUACGCUUUAGAUUUCUGACGGACUACUCAUGUAACUCGACUAUCAGAAAAUGCAGAAUGGUGGGCAGAAGAAGGUCCCAGUCGUCCGAAAAGACGGGAAAAUUAGCGAGUCUCCUAAAGCAGCCGUGACUGCUUUGGAGCAUAGACUGGACAAGGCCCAGCUGCUUGCGUUCCAAGCUCAAGAUUUAAUAUCCGAUUUGUCUGGAAGUGAAGAAGGCGAAGUGUCCGAAGUUGAAUCAUUCAUACUGAAUCAAGACGAGCUACAGUUUGACAGUUCGGGCAACCCGGACCUCAGGGCAGUGGACCCAGAGACCCUUGAAGCACUUCUAGAAGCUGCGGCAGGGAUAGACAAGCUGACCACCGCUGAUGGCAAAGCGUUCACUGACCCUGAGAUCCUGGGCAAGCUGACGUCCUCGGUCAGCUCCGCCUUAGAUGAGGCUGAGGCUGCCCUCUAUCGGAUGCGUUCGGAGAGUGCAGGCAAUCAGGCCAGCCAGGGGGCUGAUGGCCAAGCUUAUGCAGAUGCUGAAGACGACCCAGCUGCCCUCAAGAGCAUCAAUGAAACGACGGAAGAAGGCGAGAGUCUGCUAUCUCUUGCCUGCUCGGGAGGCUACUUUGAGCUAGCGCAGGUUUUACUCAAGAUGAAUGCUAACGUGGAGGAUCGAGGCAGUAAGGGAGACUGUACUCCUUUGAUGGAGGCAGCCAGUGCUGGCCAUGUGGAUAUCGUCAAAUUGUUGAUAGACUAUGGAGCGGACGUCAAUGCCCAAUCAUCAGCAGGCAAUACCCCCUUGAUGUACGCGUGCAGCGGAGGUCAUGAAGACGCCGUCAAGGUGCUCCUAGAUCAUGGUGCCAACAUCGAGGACCACAACGAGAAUGGCCACACCCCCUUGAUGGAGGCGGCCAGCAGUGGUCAUGUAGGCAUCGCCAAGGUGUUGCUGGAACGAGGGGCGGGUAUAAAUACCCACUCUAAUGAGUUCAAGGAGAGCGCCUUGACGCUGGCCUGCUACAAAGGUCAUCUGGAGAUGGUCCAGUUUCUGUUAGAGGCCGGAGCUGAUCAUGAGCACAAGACAGAUGAAAUGCACACUGCCCUGAUGGAGGCAUCCAUGGACGGCCAUGUGGAGGUUGCGAGACUAUUGCUAGACCACGGUGCCCAGGUGAACAUGCCAGCGGACAGCUUUGAGUCACCUUUGACCCUAGCAGCCUGUGGGGGUCACACCAAGCUUGCCGCCCUCCUGAUAGAGCGCGGAGCCAACAUUGAGGAGGUGAACGAUGAAGGCUACACGCCCCUGAUGGAGGCAGCCCGGGAGGGACAUGAGGAAAUGGUAGCGCUGCUCCUUGCUCAAGGUGCCAACAUCAACGCCCAGACUGAGGAGACUCAGGAGACAGCCCUGACCCUGGCUUGCUGUGGCGGGUUCCUGGACGUGGCAAAGUUCCUGAUUGAAGUAGGGGCUGACAUUGAGCUGGGCUGUUCCACGCCGCUCAUGGAGGCAGCCCAAGAAGGCCAUGUAGAGCUGGUCAAAUUCCUCCUCAGUAAAAAUGCCAACGUGCGUGCUGUGACAGCCACGGGAGACACAGCUCUUACCUACGCCUGUGAGAAUGGCCACACCGAUGUUGCCGAUGUGUUACUAGCUGCCUGGGCAGACCUGGAACAUGAAUCUGAAGGCGGUCGUACCCCUCUCAUGAAGGCAGCCAGGGCAGGUCACAUAUGUACGGUGCAGUAUCUCAUCUCCAAAGGUGCGGAGGUCAAUCGUGCAACAACUAACAACGAUCACACGGUGCUGUCCUUGGCCUGUGCUGGUGGCCACCUCCGUGUUGUAGAGCUGCUACUGGAGCAUGCUGCUAAUCCCUCCCACAAACUCAAGGAUAAUUCCACCUGUCUGAUUGAAGCAGCCAAAGGAGGUCACUCAGGGGUCAUGUCCCUCAUCCUCAACUACCCAAGCAACUUAAUGACCACGUCGGCACCUGCAGAGGGUACAGUCACGCCCCCUACGCCCGAGCAGGGAGAAGUAUCCCGGGUGCCGACCCAAGCCCUACCCAUAGUAGUCCCCCCUCAGAAGCCCGACAAGCACCCAGAUGAGAUGCCCCAGCCCCAGGGUUCUCUAUUGCUGGCUCAAGCAAACGUGGAUCCAUCAGUGGCCCAACGAGACCCAACACACCAAAGAAUUCCAAACACUGCAUCCUUGAGUAACGAGUCUGAUGCAGAUGUCUCUGCUUCAGGGCUUGGCCAGAAGCCCCACCCUGACGUCCAGAUGGCCAAAGAGCAGCUCCUGGAGAAGAAGCAGAAGCAGUUCCGAGAGCUGCAGAAGAUCGAGUGGGAUUUCAUCCAGAAGGAUGUUGGGGCCGCAGCGGAUUCCACCACCACUACUGCUAACGGGGAAUCCACUGUCGAUCGAGUCCCCAGCCCCAGCGACAUGCCCUCUGCUGAUGUCGCUUCCCGACUAGCCGCUGAAGCCAACAACAACAAGUCUCCUAAAGGCGUCCGGGAGGCUGUUCCAGGCUCCCCGAAUGCAGAGGUCCUUGCGGCAGACAUCGAUGACUCGGCACUAGACCUUCGCGAGAUCAAACUCAACCAGGUGAACAAGGAAGCCCCCGCACUAAGCCCCGACCUUCCCCAGCCAAGAUUGUCCUUUCAGGGCACGGAAGCUGAAUCCCAAAUGCCAACUCAAGACCUCCCUGCUGCAAGUCGCUCCCCUGGCUCCCCCCUUCCAGGCCAGACGGUCAUCGCGUCAUCAAGAGACCCCCAGGAUGGGCACUCCCAUAAACUAGAAGUCUCCACCAACCAGCAAUCUCCGGCCAGCCACCAAACUGCAGCUCCUCUAACGAAGGAUGCCAGCAGCCAGAUGGCCCCAUUGACCUCAGCCUCCCUUCCGGACGUCCAGAGUCUUCUCCCCAUAGGAGAGGAUGCUCCCACGGUGUCUGUCACUGCAGUUGUCACAGGGUAUACCAAUUUAGGUGUUGGCAGACUCGUUGAUGUGACAUCACAGCCACGGGAGAGUGGAGUAGGAGAGGAGUCUCAGAAUGGUUUGAUGGUAGCCUCCUCAGUGUGUCCUUUGGCAGAGACCACAGAUGCACAAGCACGCCCAGAGCUACCCCCUAAACCUUGGAAAGCUCCUCCCCAAACCCAAUCCGUGGGCACCCAGUGCGAUUCCUCCUCUCUGACCUGCCGUGUGUCAUCUCCGCUCACCCUCAGCACCACGCCCGCUGCUGUUCCUACCCCAGACACAGCGGUGCAUCCCCACCAGUCCCCAUCCUCACCCGGUGGCGUGCUCUACGCCCCGCGCUUCACCCCUCACCCACCGGUGGAAGUGGACGCACAGACGGAGAGCAACCACGACACUGCACUCACCGUGGCCUGCGCUGGCGGCCAUGAUGAACUCGUCCAGAUGCUGUUGGAGAAGAAUGCCAACAUGGAGCACAAAGACAAGAAAGGAUUCACCCCACUCAUCCUGGCGGCGACGGCUGGCCACUGCAAGACUGUUGAGAUUCUCUUGGAUCAUGGCUGUGACAUCGAAGCCCAGUCAGAGAGGACCAAGGACACGCCUCUAUCCCUGGCUUGUUCUGGGGGAAGAUACGAGGUAGUAGACCUGUUGUUGUCCCGUAGUGCUAACAAGGAGCACCGUAACGUCUCUGACUACACGCCUCUCAGCCUAGCUGCAUCAGGAGGUUUUGUCAGUAUCAUCAAGCUUCUGCUCAGAUACGGAGCUGAGAUUAACUCCAGAACGGGCAGCAAGUUGGGCAUUUCUCCUUUGAUGCUGGCCGCAAUGAAUGGCCACACAGCAGCAGUCAAGCUCCUGUUGGACAUGGGUAGUGACAUCAAUGCCCAGAUCGAGACCAAUCGCAACACGGCCCUAACUCUGGCCUGCUUCCAAGGUCGCACGGAGGUGGUCAGCCUGCUGGUAGAUCGCAAGGCUAACGUGGAACACAGAGCCAAGACGGGUCUAACGCCCCUCAUGGAAGCAGCUUCGGGUGGCUAUGCUGAUGUGGGUGCGGUCCUGAUUGAGAAGGGAGCGGAUGUCAAUGCUGGCCCUGUACCCUCCUCUCGUGACACCGCCUUAACCAUCGCCGCUGACAAGGGUCACUACCGCUUCGUAGAACUCCUCCUGGAGCACAUGGCUGCUGUGGAUGUCAAGAAUAAAAAGGGCAACUCACCACUCUGGCUGGCCUGUAAUGGUGGUCAUUUGGAUGUGGUGCAGCGGUUGGUCCACGCUGGAGCAGAUAUCGACAGCCAAGACAACCGGAAGGUGUCCUGCUUGAUGGCUGCAUUUAGAAAGGGUCAUGUUAAAGUGGUUCGAUGGAUGGUGCGCCAUGUUAACCAGUUCCCCUCUGAUGCCGAGUGUAUGCGAUACAUAUCUACCAUCUCAGACAAGGAGCUCUUGAAGAAGUGCCACCAAUGCAUGGAAAUCAUCGUUGCAGCUAAAGAUCGGCAAGCUGCUGAGGCCAAUAAGAAUGCUACAAACCUUCUGGAAGAACUGGAGUCAGAAAAGUCACGUGAGGAGAGCCGCAAGGCCCAGGCAGCCAAACGCAGGGAGAAAAAGAAAAAGAAACGCCGAGAGAAACAGCAGAAGGAUAUCACUGAUGACCCAGACCCAGAUGCAGAUCAAGACCAGGAGAGAGAGGACAGCACUCCAAGCCCAACUAUCAACAUGGAAGACCCAGUUCCCCUUGAGCCCCCUUCUGCCACUACCACAACUACCAUCGGCAAAGUCUGCACCACAGACACUCCAGCCACCUACACCAUGUCUGGAGCCAAGAAGGGUAAGAACACCAAGCUAGUCACCAGCAACAACAGCAGCAACAACAGCAGCAAUGUCAGUAGCAAUACAGGCAACAUCAACAACAGCAGCAGUGGCAGCAAUGCUGUCAAGGCGCUGUCAAUGACAGGCAAUAGUGCCAAGAUAACAGCAGGCAACAUACCUACCAGCUCCUCAAGCUCCAAAGAAUCAGUGACCAGUGCCAGUGACUCCAGGAAAGACCGCGUCCGAUCUCGUGCCAAAUCACGAGGUCAGGAUAUCAAUGAGGGUGACAGCAGGAAGAGACUACGCAACAGCGUGAUUGAGAUGGACGAGACUGACAGCAAAGAGGGAGGCGGGCCAGCCAAGAAAGAACGGGAGAGGGACAAGGGGCGAGAUAAGGAGAGACGAAAGAAGUCGGGGAAAGACGGCAAGCAUACCGAUCAUUCCUCGGACCAUAGCCAUAGCACUAAGAACUCGCCCCGGGGAGGCAGCGGAGACGCGGCUGGUUCCUCUACUGUCAAGAACCCGCCAGGCACAGGAGCCAGCCCCAAGAGAGGACAGAAGAGGGACGAAGGCUGGAAGGAAGUUGUCCGAAGGUCAAUCUCCUCAUUCCGGUCGAAGAAAGUCAAUGUCCCUGCAUCAGCAAUCAGCCGUCUGAUUGGCCGAGGAGGGUGUAACAUUAAUGCCAUUCGGGAAGUGACAGGGGCGCACAUUGAUGUAGACCGGCAGAAUAAGGGUGGAGAAAGGACCAUUAACAUCAAGGGCUCAGCUGAUGCAACUCGCCAAGCCCACCAGCUCAUAGCAGCCCUGAUCAAAGAUCCAGAUCGCGACAUUGCCGACAUCAUACCAAAGGUCAAGAAGGUGACGUCAUCUCACCAGUCUUCAUCCAACACUGCUACCUUCACCGUCUCCAACUCCUACUCGGCGACAAAGACCGUCACCACCGCCUCAUCUGCCGUCAAGGUCUCCGUGAAGAGCACAACUGCCGACACCAAAGGGAUGAAUCUUUGGAUUCCGCAGUCAGGGGCUGUCCGUCCCUCACUGUCCAUCGCCAACAGUGUGGCCCAUCAUGCGCAAUUCUCCCAAGCAGUAUUUGCCAAGGCUCUGCAGCAGCCCUUGCAGUUCCGUGGCCCUGGUGCGCCUCUGGCCCAAUUCCAGGGAGGGUUCCCGCUUCCCCAGGCAGCCAGUACCAUCUCAGGCUGGGGAGCCAUCCCUGUCCGGAAUGUGGUGCCUAUGACGGGAGCUCCUAGACGACCCAGCCCCAGCCAGUCUGGGCCGCGCUUCCCGACAGCGACCACCACUGCCACGGGAGGAAGUCCAUCCGCUGGUUCUGUCGCUAUCAGCAGUUCGGUGGGAUCCUCCCCUCGCUCGGCAGCCCGGCAACUCUUCCCACCCACUUCGUCCACAGCUGGUCCCACACCACAGGCCACCAGCACUGAUCACCAGGCAAUGGCUGCCCCACCCCGAUCCAGUUCCUCCACUGCCCCAUCAUCUUCGGCUUCAUUUGCCUCCAAAAUUGCUGACAGCAAGAUGGCCAAUGUGCGACCCCUGAUUCUGACAACCGUAGCGUCUUUGUCACAACCUGCGGUCACUGCACCACCCACCAAGGCAUCAGUGAUAGUGCGACCAUCACAACCACGCCAGCCUAACCCCACCCAGCCAAGCUAUCAACAGGUUCAUCAGCAACAACCACCACCACAACAGCCACUACCACAACAGCAACAGCAGAUGUCCCAAGGCACCCGAGCUGUCACCCCUUCAUCUUCAUCCACCAACACCACCUCCUCACAAUCCUACCCUAAUUUCAAUUUCCUCACGCAGUCCCACAGCACAGGGUUCUGGGGUACGGGUGUGACCCAGCACUCCGGCAGGCCUGAUGCCAACGGCGAGUACCGCCCUCCGACUCCACCUAGUGUGGAGAUGUCCAAAGCCCCAGGGUACAACCGUAGCUCCCACAUGAAUCCCACCCCUCCUCUCCAGCAACCUCCAACCUCCAUCCCUAAUCCGUAUUUCAAUGCCCACAACUACCCAGUCCCCAACCCUCCAAACUCCACCUUUCCCCCUGGUCAGCAGUUUGGGGUCAACAUCAACCAGACCCUCCCUCCUGAGCAGCCAGAUUACCCCUCCCCCAUCGGGUCCACCCUGAAUGCCAAUGCACGCCAGUUCACCCCCAUUGCCAAUCCUAACCCUUCCCCAACCCCUCCCAACACCAUGAUGUCCAGCAGUAGCUCGCCGAUAUCGCCUGGAGCAUCGCCUCGCUCAGCGACCACCACGCCCAGUCCAGUCACCAUGGCAACUGAUCAACCUCAGCCUCCACCUCCAGCGGUCAUUGGUCCAGAUCGUCGCCUCCCAAUCCCCAUUGGCAAUGAGCGUAGCCGUGGCCAGCGGAAGACACCCGUCAAUUACGUUGGCGUGCCAGUUAGUGAUCUGGGCAAUCCAGUUGGUACACCAGGAAGCAGCAUCUGGGCUUACACACCAGGGAGUGGUGGUGAUUGGGCCCCCAGUACCAACCUAGAGGACCUGCCAGGCGCUCCAGCUAACGGUAUGCCUAACUUCCCUCAUGAGGCUCCCCCUAGAGAGGACGGCUUCCAAAUGCACAUGACGCCAGUGAGUCCAUUCGGGGAGCAGCAUGAGCCAAUGGCAGGCAUGCAUCACAACAUGGCCAUGGGAGAUAUGGGUGGGGUCACAGGUCACGGUAUGGCAGAGGCAGUCUGGAACCCAGCACCUACCAUGCAUCUGGAUGGUACCAAUCCAAAGGUAUGGGGAGCCUGGAGCCAGUCAGCCAUGUGACAGGAGGUGACAUCUCCAUCUGCUGCCAUAGAGGGCGCUGUAUCAUUCAGUCGUGACAUCCACCAGAGAUAGCUAAGUUAAUCAUCGUCGCUGCAGUAGCCAUCCUCUAAUGCUUUUUGGUCUGUCGUCUGGCCAAACUACCUUUCCCAUUCAAAACUCCCAUGUGACAAAAAUUUAGAAUGUGAUAAUUUAAAUUAAAGAAUAUUAUUGGAACAAAUCCAAAGAGAAAAAUUCUCAUCAAAUUGCAGAAACUUUCAUAGAAUAAUUGUAAACUGAUGAAUAUAGUACUUUGGUUUUACUUCAUUGAAAAUGUGAAUGCUGUUUUUGAAACAAGCUUAUAAAAAACCUAUUUUUAUUUUUCCAUCUUUAUUUGUGAGAAGAUAAUGAACAGUUCGCCACAAAGUUCUUAAGUUGAGACAGAAUGUCAUUUCUGAUUUUGGUAAAUUGGCACUUGGAUGCUGGUUAGACGCGUUUCAAUUCAGCAUUACUGGAUGCACUGUUGUGGCUUGGAUGGGUACUUUAAAGGAAUUGUAUUUGACGUCAGUAUAUAUGGGACAGGGCACCAGCCUUGUCUCAACCUUUUUAACUGUUUCCCGAUGUUCCCAUUAUCUUAGAUUACACCAUAGGCAACUUCACUUUGCUUGAGUGAAUUAUAGUAAAUCUCACAAAUUUUUCUAGAAUCAUUAAAAAAAUCCACCCUACCCUUGACCCCAUGUAGGAUGAUAUUCAUAGCGUUGAAUUGUUUUGUUUUACAUUUCUUGGGGCUUCGUGUUUUGAAUCAAUGAGAUUGACCUUUGACCUAUAGUAGGCAAGGCAAUGCCCUCUGAACAUUUAAAGUGGCUUUUAUUUUAUUCUGAAUUAGACUACGGAAAGUGAAGACUGCCUUCGGACAACUAAUUUCACCCCUCUCUUGUGAAUCAAACACCUCCAAAGCUUUAAAGCUGGUACUGGAAGAGGACAGUUCCAUUAUUAGAUAUGAGGGGUGACCACUGUGACACAAAGGCAAUUAGAAUGCUGUUUUGUUGAUUGAUAAAUGUGAUAGCAAAAUGUGACCUAAAGUGAUUCAUUGAAUGCAUAAAAGAAUUGUCUCAUUCGAGAUGUUUUAUGUGUCAGUUUUACUUUCAUUUAUGGAACUUGACGAAAAACAGAAAACAAAAGUUUGAAAAAAAACCAUGACGAAAUGAAUUCAUUCUUUCGAAAUGGUGAUUAUUUCCGAGUUGAAAAAAAAAACGUGUCAGUUGAAGGCGAUGUUUCAUUAAUAAUGUACGUCACUAGUACGGAAGCGUCCAUCUUAAAAAUAACGUAGCGUUGUGAUUGGUUCGUGCAUUACAUUGUAAACAAAGCGAGGCUUGCCCGCUUGGAUGUUGGCAUGUAUUAUGCUUUUGACGAAGGCACAGCAUUAAAUUAAGGUCAGUGAGCCUGUUUGACCUUUGAA